AUGGGAACCCUCCGAUUCAUGGAGCGGAAGUGGGGCGAUGAGCGUCAGAAUGUAGGCACCCAUGAUGCGGCCCGUUCAGCGGCCAAAGUCAUUCCUGAGGCCAAUUUCCGCUUCAUCGAACUCGCUGCAUUCCGGUUGCCGACCAACUUCCCAACUUCCCUCACCGGGACUGAAUCGACUGGCCAUCUUGACCUGAUUCCUCUCCCAGUCCCAGUGGAUCGUGUAUGGUGUCAACGAUGCGAGUACCAACGGAAAAAGCGCCAUGCCGCGACUUGCGUCCUCGUCUUCGAUCCACCCACUAUGCUGCGGUCACAUUCCACGAGCUUCACCCAUAGUCCAUUCUUCCAACUUAUGAGCACGCAGGCCUCACUCCUGGAUCCCGCAUGUUGUUGGACAACUACUGACUGCGAGGGGAAAAUGUGGCAGCGCACACACUCCAUGAUCUCAACUCGACCUAAGAAACUCCUGCCGCGAUCUAUCUCCCUCUCUCUCCCUCUCUUCCGUUUCUCGCAAUUCCUCCCGUUCUCGCUUUCUUCUCCUUCAUCAUCUACACCAAGUCUGACAGAUGAUAAUGGCAUGGAUAGACCAGGCCAACCCAACUCGACCCGGGCCCUGUCAUUCGGUCGAACAUACCAAAGGGUGGUCAGGAGUGUACUAUUCAGUCAGUUAAAUGCCGGCGAUGACAAGCAGCCCGUGCGUCCACAAUAG